AUGUCCACGCUACAGCACUUUGGCAAGGGUGCCCUGCGCGUCGCCAAAAACUACACAAAAGGCUACUCGGACACGCAAGCAAAGGUCCGCGAUGCGACGUCCAACGACCCCUGGGGCCCAUCGGGCACGCAGAUGAACGAGAUUGCGCAGCUCACGUAUAACCAGAACGACUUUGUGGAGAUCAUGGAGAUGCUGGACAAGCGGCUGAACGACAAGGGCAAGAACUGGCGGCACGUCUUCAAGUCGCUCACGCUGCUCGACUACCUGCUGCACGCGGGCUCGGAGAACGUCGUCAUCUACUUCCGCGACAACCUGUACAUCAUCAAGACGCUCAAGGAGUUCCAGUACGUCGACGAGUACGGCAAGGACCUCGGCGCGAACGUGCGCCAGAAGGCGAAGGACAUCACGAACCUCCUGCAGGACGAGGGCCGGCUCAGGGAGGAGCGCCGCUCGCGCGCGCACAUGCGCGACCGCAUGGUCGGCCGCGCGGGCGAGGAGGAGGACGAGAAUACGCGCAGGCGGAGCCGGAGCGUGCCCCCGGCAAGGCGGACGAAUAAGGAGGACGAGGAUCUGAGACGGGCGCUGGAGGAGAGCAAGCGGAUGGCGGAGGAGCAGGCGAAGAAGAGCGCGGAGGACCGGGAUCUCGAGCGCGCGAUCAAACUGAGCGAGGAGGAGGAGGCGAAGCGGGCCAAGGCGCUGCAGGACGCCAACCAGGCUGCUUUGUUUGACGAUCAGAACCAAUUGAUCCCACCAACGACUACCAACCCCUUCCCCCUCGUCGACCCGAAUGCCCAGCAAUCGCAGUUCAUGACCGGUCUACAGCCUCAGUUCACGCAGCUGCAACCUCAGUUCACGUCGUUCAACCCAUGGCAACAGCAAGCACAGCAGGAGGCGAUGCAGGCAGAGUACAUGCGCCAACAGGCGGAGUGGAUGCGUCAACAGCAAGAGGCCGCACAGUUGCAGGCUCAGCAGGAGGAGUGGAUGCGUCAGCAGCAAUUGUUGCAGAUGCAGCAGCAGCAACAACAGCAACUCCAGGCGCAGCAAACGUCGAUGCUCAUGGCUCAGCCUACAGGCUUUGGAUCCAACAACCCAUUCGCCCCGGCACAGCCCGCGCAGCCCCAGCCGUCCUUCCUCAACACCUCGCAAAUAUCGUCGCCAGGCCCUCAGGCCAAUACGCAAAGCCCCGUCUCUUUCAACCUGGGUGGUACGUACGAGGGCCGCCAAGGCGCCACGAGUGCACCGCCGGGGCCGUCCCAGUCCGCGCCGCCCUCAUCAUUCCAGCAGCAGUCGCCGCAGCGUAGCCAGACGCGCGCGGACCAGGAGCACGCGCAUCUGGCUGGCCUGUUUGCGAAUCGCACAGAUGAUGGGAUUGACACGUUCGGGAACACCGGAUUGCUUCGGUACGCCUUUUCUUGCAGGAUCGUUGCGCAGAAGACGGGUGCGACGAGUAAUAACCCUUUCGCGAUGCAGCAGCAACAGCAGCAGCAGCAGCAGAGUAAUGAGCAGCCGUUCUUCCAGAUCUAG